AGCCAGAGCCACCCUCACCUCUCUGUCACACUUACCCAUUCUCUUGCUCAAGCAUGCUAAUGCUCGCCCCCGUGUAGUGCAUACUCUGCGGCUGUGCAUCGUCAAUACAAUUAAUAUAUAUUUAUUAUGUAAAAUAUGUGUAUUCUCCAACUUUAACAACUGUUUCUGGGAACACAAAAACCAUCAGAACAACGAAUUUUAAACAGCUUAAUACUGUCAGAAACAGGAACAUGUUAUACUUUGCUGGAGCUACACCCUGCACACAGACACAGACACAGAAACAAGAAGUGGUUUGGGCCUGCUGACUUAUCUUGAGUAAGCUUGAAAGGCUAGAAAAAGGUUAGCAGUCUUGGGGUUGUACAGUUCAUGAUAAUAUAUGCCUAUACUUAUGCUUAUGCAAAUCAAUCAAGUGUUUUAUCCUUAUAUGGAAUUUUCUUGUUCUCAGUAUGAUCUUCAUGUAUUAAUUGUAACCAUACCAUACGCCCAUAUGUGCAAUUUCAAGGCGUGUCCCAUUUUCUAAUAAAAAACUUGCACCAAGGAGAGCUCGCCGGAGUCCGAGUUGGCAGAUCCUGAGUGAAGCGCUUACAGACCUCAGACGGGCUCCCCUGGCAAGUAAAACAAAGUUGCAGCUUGUUGUGCUUUGUUGUCCUCGUCUCUGUAUGAAAAAAGUGUUGUGGCCCAACAAACCUUCCUUCCUUCCUCCUUCAAGACGGAGCUCAACACUUGACAUUGCAGUAGCAGGGUGAAGGAACACUGAAGUCUGCAUGCAACCGGAAGUCUGGGACGUUCGUCAGAAAAUCCUGGGACGUGAAUUCGUCACUAGGUCAUUGAAAUAGGUCCCGAUCUUCCCCUCGUUGAUGACGAGUUCCCGGAGGCGAACAACACAGCAACAAUAACGUGUAAGGAUGGCUUCACUGAAAACAUGGUGUCUCCUGCCCCUCAGCGUGCUCAUCCUACAGUUCAUUACUCCCACAGAAACAGAAGUUGUGGCGACUGUUUCAAAGUGUAAUGAUUUUUUUUUUGAAAAUGUACCACCACAGAUCAAAAGCAUCAUGCCAAAUGGCAAAAUCAUGAAUCGGGUCAGAUUUAAAGUCAUUUGUCAGACUUAUGAGAAUGACAAAAGGUUUGUGACAGUUUAUGACAUCACCAACAAGAUCCCAGUGUUUUCUGCUUACAAGUACAAAGGAGCAAAGGAAGGAGCAAAGGAAGGAAGACCAAAGGAAUGGAAGAUCGAGCCACAGCUUGAAAACUCAAAAAAAGGCCCCAAUAUGGAGGAUAGUGAGAAGGACGAAUACACCAACCAAGCCAGUGACAAGGAUUAUAGAUGGGAAGAUAAGACAGGAAAAAAGAUUAAGGAAUACAAGAAUUUUAACAGAGGCCACUUAUUUCCAUCUUCUUAUGCCUCUGAUGAAAAUGACAAAGAGUCAACAUUCACUCUGACAAACAUCGUUCCACAGUCAAUCACUUUCAACAGCGGCAGUUGGGGAGAAAUGGAGAAAUGUGUUAAGAAAAAAAUCCUAGACAACUCCUGCUUAAACAAAGAAGCUUUUGUUGUCACCGGAGCGAUCCCUAGCAAUAAUAAAACAGGCAAAAUUAAUAUACCAUCAGUGCUUUGGUCAGCUUUCUGUUGUUACAGUGCAAAACUUAAAAGGACUGUAGCAGGGGCACACUGGGGAGACAACAUUGCCGAAGACCCCAAACAACCUAAGCAGCUCAAGAUGAAAACGUUGGAAGAACUCAAAGAACAAUUUCAUAUUGACGUGUUUCCUGGAAAAGAGUGUCCUCGUGAAGAAAUCAUUGAAGAUCUUGACGGAGAGGAGCUGUGA